ACAAACCUCAAGGCGAAUAUAAAAGGCGGAGCCCGUGCCUCCGUCACACUGCUGAACAGUUAGCCACCAUGAUCAGUUGCACGCAAUUGGUCGUUGUUUUGUGCCUGGUCGCCGCGGCGCAGGCCGCGCCGGCGGACGGCGAGGUAGCGGUCUACAAGUCCAACGGGGAGUCCUGGGCCAGCGCCGGCGGCCUCAGCGGCACCCUCGGCGCCCUGGCUAGCAAGCUCGGCAUCGUGGGCAUCGUCCUUGGCGACGAGGACAAGGCCAACAACAUCACCACCACCGUCACGACCACCAACACCACCAACGCCGACGGUGACGUCGAGAUCGAGAUCGUCGUGAACCGCGAGGACGCCGACGGUGACGACGACACCGAGCACGUCAUCGUCAUCAACACCAACAGCACGGAGGAAGGCAAGCCUGCCAAGAUCACCGUGGAGGUCGUCGAGGCCACCACCACCGAAGCCCCCGAAGCCCCCAAGAUCACCGUAGAGGUCGUCGAGGCCACCACCACUGAAGCCCCCGAAGCGCCCAAGAUCACCGUGGAGGUCGUCGAGGCCACCACCACUGAAGCCCCCGAAGCCCCCAAGAUCACCGUAGAGGUCGUCGAGGCCUCCACCACCGAAGCCCCCGAAGCGCCCAAGAUCACCGUGGAGGUCGUCGAGGCUACCACCACCGAAGCCCCCGAAGCUCCCAAGAUCACUGUGGAGGUCAUCGAGGCCACCACUACCACCACCAAAGCCCCCGAAGCUCCCAAGAUCACUGUGGAGGUCAUCGAGGCCACCACUACCACCACUGCGGCUCCCGCGCCUGCUGUCGAGAUCGAAGUGAUUGUGCCCUCUGCAGAAACCGCAGACGACGUCACCGUCGUCGUCUCCACCGAUGAGGCAACCGAGGCACCUAAACCCGACGCAGGUGUGACUAUCACGGCUGAGAUCCCCGCUGAGGAAACCAAGGUCGUCGUGGAGGUCGAGACCACUGAGGCUCCUGCCCCCGAGCCUACUGUGGUCACCGUCGACGUUGAGACUCCCACCGACGCUGAUAACCAGAUUACCAUCGAAAUUGAGCUCCCUGAGAAGACGACGCCUAAGCCCGCUGUCGUCACCGUCGACGUUGAGACACCCACCGAUGCUGACAAGGAUAUUACCAUCGAAGUUCGGCUUCCCGAGAAGACGACUCCGGCCCCUGAGCCCACUGUUGUCGUAGAGGUCAAGACUGAGGCCCCUGCCCCCGAGCCCACUGUGGUCGUAGAGGUCAAGACUGAAGCCCCAGCCACUGAGCCCCCUGUCGUGAUUGAGAUCGAAAAGCCCGAAAACACUGGUGAUGUGACCAUUGAGGUUCAGCUUCCCGAAAAGGAAAAGCCUGAGACAACUGUGGUCGUUGAGGUCCAGACUGAGGCCCCUGCCACUGAGCCCCCUGUCGUGAUUGAGAUCGAAAAGCCCGAAAACACUGGUGAUGUGACCAUUGAGGUUCAGCUUCCCGAAAAGGAAAAGCCUGAGACAACUGUGGUCGUUGAGAUCGAAAAGCCCGAAAACACUGGUGAUGUGACCAUUGAGGUUCAGCUUCCCGAAAAGGAAAAGCCUGAGACAACUGUGGUCGUUGAGGUCCAGACUGAGGCCCCUGCCCCAGAGCCUGAAACCAAGGUCACCGUCGAAAUCAAGAACCCCGAGCCUGAACCCAAGCCCGAGAUCACCGUCGAGGUCAAGAACCCCGAGCCCGAGCCCAAGCCCGAGAUAACCGUCGAGAUCAAGAACCCCGAGCCUGAGCCCAAGCCCGAGAUCACCGUCGAGGUCAAGAACCCCGAGCCUGAGCCCAAGCCUGAGGUCACCGUCGAGAUCAAGAACCCGGACACCGAGCCCCAGAUCGCAAUCUGCUACGAGGAAAAGCCCGACGUUUCCGUGAAGGUGCCGUGGUGGCAGCAGAAGAGCAUCACCCUCCCCAACAUCGUCGUGCCCAUCACCCUUCAGGUCACCCCUCAGGUGCAGUACGCUCCCGCUCCCCAGGUUCAGUACGCUCCCGCUCCCCAGGUUCAGUACGUGCCCGUGAACCAGCAGCAGGUGCAGUACGUGCCUGUCAACCAGCAGCAGGUCCAGUACGUGCCUGUCAACCAGCAGCAGGUGCAGUACGUGCCUGUCAACCAGGUUCAGUACGUGGCCGCCAACCAGCCGCAGGUCCAGUACGUCACCAUUCCUGCCAACCAGCAGAUCCAGUACGUCUCUGCCCCCGGCGUGAAGGUCGUGGAGUCCGCUCCCACUGUGAAGGUCGUCGAGUCCGCCCCCCAGGUGCAGUACGUCACCCGCACCAGCCAGCAGGUGGAGCUUAUUCGUCCCGAGACCCAGCAGGUGACUGUGACCGCCACUGCUGCCUAAACCACUGAGUAGACACCAACGUCAUCUACGAAAAUGCAGAGUGCAGACAUAAAUAAAACACUAAUAAAAUUUAUCUCCCGCACCCA